AUGGGACUUCGGCAUUCCUCGCGCUGCUUAUUCCUACGGAGAAAGAUGGCGGAGGUGGAGAGCUCGGAGGUAUGUCAAAGACACAGGUUAUUUGAUAAACACCACCGACCUCUCUUUCUCUCACAGCAGCGCCCAGUGAGCGUUCACCAAUCUCAGUCGUCGCAGCCGUCACCGUUACCAAAACCAGUGACGUCUUCUCACCAUGUUCCCCAUCCACCUCACGCGCCGCACGUGUCGGCUCUGUCCACCUGUCCUGGCCGCGGAAAGAUGGCCAAACUUCUCAACCCGGAGGAAAUGACAUCUCGCGACUACUACUUCGACUCUUACGCCCAUUUUGGCAUCCAUGAGGAGAUGCUGAAGGAUGAGAUACGAACUCUGACCUACAGAAAUGCUAUGUAUCACAAUAAACACAUCUUCAAGGACAAGAUUGUUCUGGAUGUGGGCAGUGGGACAGGGAUUCUCUCCAUGUUCGCUGCCAAGGCAGGAGCCAAGCAUGUGUAUGGGAUUGAGUGUUCCAGUAUAUCCGAAUACUCAGAGAAAAUCAUCAAAUCUAAUCAUUUGGAUAAUGUCAUUACCAUCUUUAAGGGGAAGGUGGAGGAGACAGAGUUGCCUGUAGAUCAAGUGGACAUUAUCAUCUCAGAGUGGAUGGGUUACUGCCUGUUUUAUGAGUCCAUGCUCAAAACUGUCAUCUACGCCAGGGACAAGUGGCUGAAGCCUGGGGGACUGAUGUUUCCAGAUAGGGCCACUCUAUACGUGGUCGCCAUAGAGGACAGACAGUACAAAGACUUCAAAAUCCACUGGUGGGAAAACGUGUAUGGUUUUGACAUGACCUGUAUUCGUAAUGUGGCUAUGAUGGAACCUCUGGUGGACAUUGUGGAUCCAAAGCAAGUUGUUACAAACUCCUGUCUCAUCAAGGAAGUGGACAUUUAUACGGUGAAGCCGGAGGACCUGUCGUUUACGUCGGCAUUUUGCCUCCAGAUCCAGAGGAACGACUACGUCCACGCUCUCGUCACCUACUUCAACAUCGAGUUCACCAAAUGUCACAAGAAAACAGGCUUCUCCACAGCCCCCGAUGCUCCAAGUACUCACUGGAAACAAACGGUCUUUUACCUGGAGGAUUAUCUGACCGUGCGGAGGGGGGAAGAGAUCCUGGGUAGCAUCACCGUCAGGCCCAACGACAAGAAUGAGCGAGACUUGGACUUCACCUUUGAGCUGGAUUUCAAAGGGCAGCUUUGUGAUGCCGCUAUUUCCCAUGACUACAAGAUGCGAUAG